AUGGCCCGCGAACUCUGCGAGCUGGAGGAGGGAGCCGCCAGGGUGUUUGAUCUCAAAGACGAGGAGGGCUAUGCCGAGUACUUUCGCUUCUCGGCUGCGCAGAGACUUUCUCGGCCGGGCGAGCAUGGCUUCGUCGUAGUUCGUGACGUGCUAGAGUCCAAGCAAGUUCAGGCCACGAUCGAGGAGAUUUGGGCAAGCCCCAGCCUUCUAGGAGGGCGUGUGGACCCCGAAGAUCCAGACACGUGGAGCGAUGGCUGGCCGGUUGGAUGCCGGAACUUCUUGGACCCCUUAGAGCCUUGCUCGGAGGUUGAGACUUGGCGCAACCGCGUGAAUCCUGCCGUGAACCGGGUGUUCGACGUGCUCUGGGAGGGCUUGCCAGAACUCGACAGCGACGAGGAAGGUGCCAGUGCGGAGGGAGGUAGCCUCGUCAUGUCCGUGGACCGUGUUGGCGUGAUGCGCCCCACCAAGUUGUGCAAAGCCACGACAGACGGGCAGAUGUGGGUGGAAAGGCCGGAGUGGAGAACGAGCCGGAACUGGCUGCACUGGGAUCAGAAUCCAUGGUCGUCCCCAGGCUUCACGGCCGUGCAGGGGCUGCUGUGCCUCGCAGGAAGCUCUGGCAGCUCUGGGGGCUUCGUAACUGUCCCGGGCUUCCAUCGAGAGUUCGCACACUGGAGCCAGCGGCAUCCGGCCGGCAGCAUUCCGAAGCGGUCAUCCACGAUGAUACCCUUUCCCGUCCCCGUUGAUGAUGAGAUGCAGGCAAGAAGACGAAAGGUCUUAGUUCCGAGCGGUGGUUUGCUCGUCUGGGACUCGCGGCUCCCGCACGAGAACUUUCCUAACGAGGAUCACUCGUGGCGGAUCGUGCAAUAUGUCACCUGCAAGCGCUUGGUCAUCUCUGACUUGGAGCAUCGUGCCAGAGCUUGGCACGCCGGCUUGCGAACAGGCCUCGUACCAUCGAGCUUCGCGCGGCGCUUCGCACCGGCCGAGCAGCUGAGGCUGGGCAUGGCGAUGGACGGCGACGGUUCCUUUGGCAUGGCAGCGCUGCAAGAGGCAAUCGCCAUGGGGGAGAUGCUGUCCUCAGAGGCUUUGGAGGCAGCUCGCAAGCUCCGGCGAGCCUAUCGACUGAAACAGACUGCUGAGCUGCCCACAGAGCUGCAGGAGGCGACAGCGCUGUUCCGAGAGGCUUUUGCGGCCAAUCCAGACCUGAAGCUGCCGCUACAGUGCGUCGCCAAAUCUGAGAGCACGUAUUUGCCGUUUUGGCUGCUCUGA